CUAUUCUCAAAUUGCUCAUACAUUCCCAACAAUUAGUAUGGCCGUUCUCUCUGAAAUUAUCGAAGGAUCAUCUUCUUCAUUUACUAAUGAUCGUAAAUAUGACGUGUUUUUAAGCUUCCGAGGUGUUGAUACCCGUCAUGGUUUCACAGAUCAGCUCCAUAAAGCCCUCCUCCAUGCUAAUAUUUCUACCUUUCUUGAUGAUGAUGAGAUUGAAACUGGAGGAGAUCUUAAACCCGAAUUGGAGAGUGCGAUUAAAGCAUCCAGGGCUUCUAUUAUUGUGCUCUCCAAGAAUUAUGCUAAUUCUUCAUGGUGCCUUGAUGAAUUGGUACUCAUCCUUAAGCAACGGAAUACAUCCAACCAAAUUGUUAUCCCGAUCUUCUAUCAUGUUGAGCCCACCCAUGUCAGGAAGCAACAAAGCACCUUUGCAGUUGCAAUGGCUCUGCAUCAAGAGAAGAUUGGAGCUGAGCCAGAUGCAAAUAAAAAAUGUCAAUUGGUUGAAAAGAUGGACAAAUGGAACAAAGCACUUAAAGAAAUUGCUGAUUUAAAAGGGAAGGACGUAAAGGACAGGCCAGAGAUGGAGUUUAUUGAAAAAAUUGUCAAGGAUGUCUACCGUAGAUUACGUAUAUACUCAAGGAUUCCUCUGCCACAACUUUUUGGGAGGGAUGAUUCCAUUAAUUCUGCUACCUCAUGGUUGAAAGAUGCAUCCUCAUACACAGCAGACGUUCUUACUAUUUUGGGUAUGGGUGGGAUCGGGAAGACGUCUUUAGCCAAAUUUGUCUAUGUCUUACAUUCCCAUGAAUUCGACAGAAGCAGCUUCAUUGGAGAUAUCAGUAGGAGUUGUGAAAAAUUCGAUGGGUUGCUUGAUUUACAAAAGAAACUAUGUGAUGACAUUAUAAAACAAAGUUCUUUUCAAGUUCGUGAUGUUUCUCUAUACACCUCAAUGAUAGAGAAUGCAUUGGCUAGUAAAAAGGUGUUUCUCGUUCUUGAUGAUAUUGAUAACCUCGACCAGUUGAAUGCAUUAAUUGGAAGUAAAGGUUUUCAUGCAGGAAGCAAAAUUCUCAUAACAACAAAGAACGAAUGGUUGACAAAGAGUUGCGCACUUUUCAAAACAAAGGUUAAACCCAAGCAUGCAAACCAUUUGCUUAAAGGCUUGUAUGAGACUGAAUCACGACAACUCUUGUGCUUUCACGCAUUCAUGUCUAAUGAUCCCCAGGCUGGCUAUGAAGAGGUGAUAGAGAAGCUUGUGAAUUAUUGUGAAGGGUAUCCGUUGGCUCUUAAACUUUUGGGCGAGUCUCUGCAUAACCGUGAUGUGGCUUAUUGGGAGGGGCUCAUAGAAACGCUAAAGAAAGAAAACGGUUCCCCUGUAAAUAAUGUCUUAAGAAUAAGCUUCGACUCUUUGCCAUCCGAAAAUGAUAAGGACUUGUUUAAGCAUAUUGCUUGUUUUUUUGUUGGAACAGAUAGAGAUUUUACGGAAUCAAUAUUAAAGGCAUGUAAUAUAAACACAAGUGUUGCAUUCACGAAUCUCAUUGAUAGAUGUCUUCUUAGUAUCGGAGGGAAUAACUGUUGGAAUCUCCUCACAUGCCUUCCUCAUCUAUACUUGCUUUAUUAGUUGGCAUAAAGCAAAUACACCUACAAUCUAGUUGUGCUCCAUGUGCAUUCAUGUGCAUGAAGUUUUAUAAGAUUAGAAAUAGCUUUUCUAUCCUAUAUAUAAUGCAUGUAUCGAGCUAUGAUAUAAACACCACCAAAAAUUAUAAUACAAUCUCUUUUUCUUGAAUUGGUAUCAGAGCGUGUACGACAAGGGAGGUGUAGUUCAUUUUGCAGCCUCAGUUUCUUGAUCGGGGUUUGUUCAAACGAGAGACUAACCGGUGGUGCGUGAUAAACGGACGGGAAGAUAUCAAAGCAGGUGGCUUUGAUUCGGUUCGUUUUGCGGGUGUGACGGAAGACGGUGAAGGUGGGUGUGACCUUGUCUUGUCAACCGGUGGAAGAGUGCUCUCCGAACAAGCUUGAUCAAAGAGGUUGGGGCUGUCAAAAGGGAGACUAGAAAGACGAUGGCACUAGCUAAAGAAGGAGGUUCGAUGACGUAUCAAAUCCCCGUUUUAACCCAAAUAAAUUAUCCGGUGUGGGCGUGUUGAGUAUGAAUCCACAGAAAUGUUGAGUGUGAAUCCACAGAAAUGUUGAGUGUGAAUCCACAGAAAAGCUGGUCAAAAAUGGCAGGAACAAUGUGAAGUUGUGAAGCCACAAUUGUUGAAUGAAGACCCAGUUGUGUUUUUUGACUACUUCUGAUUUCCAUCUCUAUAUAAGAGAUUAUUCUGUAUUUGUAAAACUUGUAUCUAGUGUAACACAGAAAGAGUGCAGAUUAGCACCAAGAAAUGUAAAUUCCUAGUUACCGGUGGACGUAGGUCAGAGAAGGACCGAACCACGUUAAAUCCCUCAUGUUCAUCCUUGUGUUCUUGUUUUUCGUGAGUUGUGUGUGUGUUUAGAGUCGUGUGUUAAGUGUCUCGAUCCUAACAAGUGGUAUCAGAGCGUUGGUUUAGCUCCAGAGGGUGAUUUUCUGUUUUUUGGUCGAAAUUUUUUUUUCAUCAAAAACGAUUUUGGUGUAUACCGUUGGAAAGGUCUCGUUCCGAAGAUUUCGAAAAUAUUUUUUUCUGAAUUUUUUGACCACCGGAAGAUGUCCAAAUCGCCGGUCAAAGGUUACCGGAAUAGUUACCGGAAAAAACCAGUUUCGCCGGAGAAGACGACACUGUAGCACCGAAGUUCCACCGGAGAAGACGACACUGUAGCACCAGAGUUCUGCCGGAGAAGACGACACUGUAGCAGGCACUGUAGCACGACGUCAGCGGUGACGUCAACAGAACUGUAGCAAGCACUGUAGCACGACGUCAGCGGUGACGUCAGCAAGCACUGUAGCAACACUGUAGCAGAUUUGAAAAUUUGCAGUUUAGCCCCUGAACUUUCAGAAAAUUGCAGUUUAGCCCCUAAUCUUUCAGAAAAUGGCAGAAAGCAAUAAGCUUCAGAUUGAGAAGUUUGAUGGGAAAGAUUUUGGUUGGUGGAAGAUGCAAAUUGAAGAUUUGCUCGUGCAGAAAGACUUGGACGCAGUUUUAGGUGAAAAACCAGAGGCGAUGACACAGGCAAACUGGGAGACUUUGGAUAAGAAGGCCAAGGCAUUUAUUAGACUGACGUUGUCAAAGGAUGUUGCCUUCAACAUUUUGAAGGAGACCUCGGCAAAGGGAAUCAUGGAGGCAUUGUCUAAUAUGUACGAGAAGCCGUCGGCAGCAAAUAAAGUCUUCCUGAUUCGGGAACUAGUCAACACGAGGAUGAGGGAAGGAAGUUCAGUUACAGUACACAUCAACAAUUUGAACUCGAUUUUAUCCAGACUUGGGUCAGUGGGAAUAAAAUUUGAGGACGAAGUUCAAGCUUUACUACUGUUAUCAUCAUUACCUGACAGUUGGUCCGGAACAGUUACAGCCGUUACUAGUUCCGCAGGAUCGAAAGAGCUCACUUUUGAGGGAAUUCGGGAUUUAAUUCUAGGCGAAAACGUCAGACGAAGAAAUUCCGGGGAAUCAUCAAGUGAACAAUUGAAUGCGGUCAGAGGUAGAAGAAAUAACAGAGGUAGUGGGAGCGGGAACAGGAGAAGGAGUCAGUCGAGGACUCGAAAUGAUGUGACUUGUUGGAACUGUAAAGAGGUUGGACAUUUCAGGAAUCAAUGUCCAAAAGACAAGAAAGAAGUUAACGUUGCAGUAGACCAUUCAGAUGAUGAUGUUUUGAUCUGUAGUGUGGAGAGCAAUGUGGAUUCCUGGGUUAUGGAUUCGGGUGCUUCAUUUCACGCUACCCACAGCCGUGAAGCACUGCAGAAUCUGAAAGAAGGAGAUUUUGGUAAGGUAAGACUGGCGAACUAUGAGGUUCUUGAUGUGACGAGCAUAGGUGACUUGGAUUUGAAGACUCCAGUUGGUCCAUGGACUUUGAAGGAUGUCCGGGUAAUUCCAAGUCUGAAGAAACAAUUGAUUUCUGUUGGGCAGUUGGAUGAACAGGGACACGAGGUUAAGUUCAGGAAUGGGCAGUGGAAGGUUGUCAAAGGAAAUCUUGUGAUAGCUCGUGGACAUAAGAGAGGUUCAUUAUAUAUGGUCAGUUUACCAUCUGAGGGAGUAACCGUCCCAGUUCAGAAAAAAAACAAAAUCCGGUUCAUAGAGUCUCGUGGACAGAAGAAGGUUUGCUUUGCAGAUGGCAAACCCAGAGUCACAGGUCAGAUUCAGGUUGAACGUGUUUGGAACGGUUCAGAAAAACCAGUCAAGGGCAUUCAUAGCAGUGGGAGCAUGGGCUUUGUUUCAGCUAGAAUACCCAGAACACAGUGGGUUAAGAGAACCAGUAUUCCAUCUGUAAAAGUCUCUCCAGAUUAUCUGUUUCACAUGGAGAGUGUCGUUUGUUCUCAGGAUGUUCCAGGAUCGGGCAGUUCAUUUCAGUGGGAGCCGAUGGAGACAGAGAACAGGUCAGUGGCAGACUUAGCCAUGACUGAUGUGUUGGAGCUAACGAAAGCUUCAACUGGCCUUCAGGUUAAUUGAAGAAAAGGACAGGGUAACUAGGAAGGAGUUAAGAUCAAAUACAGAUGCACAGUUGAAGCACAGGUGAAGAUUGUUCCGUGGCUUCAAGUGGGAAAUUGUUGAGUAUGAAUCCACAGAAAUGUUGAGUGUGAAUCCACAGAAAAGCUGGUCAAAAAUGGCAGGAACAAUGUGAAGUUGUGAAGCCACAAUUGUUGAAUGAAGACCCAGUUGUGUUUUUUGACUACUUCUGAUUUCCAUCUCUAUAUAAGAGAUUAUUCUGUAUUUGUAAAACUUGUAUCUAGUGUAACACAGAAAGAGUGCAGAUUAGCACCAAGAAAUGUAAAUUCCUAGUUACCGGUGGACGUAGGUCAGAGAAGGACCGAACCACGUUAAAUCCCUCAUGUUCAUCCUUGUGUUCUUGUUUUUUGUGAGCUGUGUGUGUGUUUAGAGUCGUGUGUUAAGUGUCUCGAUCCUAACAGGGCGGUCAAAGUAAAAUCCAUUAUGGAUGCUCACGGCAUAUGGGAGACGGUCAAUGUAAGGGAGUUAGGCGAAGAAGCGGAUUCAAAGAAGAAGAAACAAGCACUUGCUUUUUAGUUUCAAGCUAUACCGGAAGAGAUGGUGUUGCAAAUGGCGAGUUACACAGAUCCAAAACAGGUGUGGGAUGGUUUGAAGACACGGUAUUUGGGUGUGGAUCGGGUGAGGACGGCUCGAGUUGCAACCUUGAAGAGGGAGCUUGAAGGUUUGCGCAUGAAGGAGGAUGAAACGGUUGAUAAUUUUGUGACAAAAUUAUCGGGGUUGGCCUCAAAAGCAAGGAGUCUUGGAUAUGAGAUUGAACAAGGUGAUUUGGUAAAAAGGUUGUUAGACUCGAUGCCUAAGUCGUUUCUUCAAAUCGUGGCGUCAAUUGAACAAUGUUUCGAGUUGGAUUCAAUGUUAUUUGAUGAAGCCGUUGGUAGAUUGAAGGCAUACGAGGAGCGUAUAAAAGGAACGGAAAAAACGGAGGACGUUCAAGGUAGUUUAUUGUUGGCUAGUGGAGAAAAUUCGAACGUUUGUAAGCAUUGUGGCAAUGGAGGUUCAAAUCGGGAUGGCUUUGGACGUGGCCGGGGAAGAGGCCGUGGGUCCGGGAAAAGUCGGGAUGGGGAACGUUUCCAACGGGAUAAAAGUCACGUUAAAUGUUUCAAGUGUGGCGAAUUUGGUCACUAUAGCAAUGAGUGUCCUAAGUGGGAAAAGCAAGAGGCAAAUCUAAUUGAAGAUGAAUCAGCAGUAUUUUGAUGAAAGACUUUGGAUGUGACCGAGGUAGAGGUCGGGUGUCCGGAAAAAGUCGAGAAUCAAAGUCCGUUCAAAUGCUGGUUAGUCAGGUUGAUGAAUAAUAGAGAUUCGGGGGUGAUUGUUGGAAUCUCCUCACAUGCCUUCCUCAUCUAUACUUGCUUUAUUAGUUGGCAUAAAGCAAAUACACCUACAAUCUAGUUGUGCUCCAUGUGCAUUCAUGUGCAUGAAGUUUUAUAAGAUUAGAAAUAGCUUUUCUAUCCUAUAUAUAAUGCAUGUAUCGAGCUAUGAUAUAAACACCACCAAAAAUUAUAAUACAAUCUCUUUUUCUUGAAUAACGACUUAAUGAUGCAUCAGUUGCUCCAAGAGAUGGGAAAAACCAUAGUACGUGAAGAAUCACCAAACAAGCCAUGGAAGCGAAGUCGAUUAUGGUGUCAUGAAGAGUCAUUCGAAGUGUUGAAACGAAAAAAAGGUACAGAAAAUGUUCUAGGCUUGACACUUGACAUGAGAAUGCUUGAGAAAGAUAAGUUAUGUGGAUCAAUUGAGUUGAAAACAGAUGCACUGAGUAACAUGGAAAAAGGGCAUGGGAACAAAGGAAUUUCAUAUUCAGAUGUAUUAUGA